AUGUUUCAAACAAUUUCCAUACCAAGCCGGGAGCUGACUACAGCUUUGGCUGUGCUCUCCCUGGUUCUGGUCCUAGUCCGAAAAGCAAUAUCAAGGCACAAGAAAACUAGGACACUCCUUCCUCUUCCCCCUUCACCUCCUAGCACAAACAUUGUCACUGGCCAUCUUCCAACUGUCCUGAAAGCAGCCAAGGAACAUCGCCAGCACCUUCUUUUUCAAAGGUGGGCCCAGGAAUACGGCGAGGUGUUUUUCGUCCAGCUCGGUACAAUCCAGGAGUACUUCAUCAACAGCGAUCAAGCCGUGAGGGCUAUAUUCGACAAGGCCGCGGCCCAAACAUCUGAGCGCCCGCGCUGGAUUGUUAGUAACGAGCAGAUAUGCAACCGGCUCAACCUUCUCCUUCUCAGUUCCAGCGAUAAAGUAUGGAAAAGUCAGCGGAAGGCCACAACCUUUGGGCUGACUAACUUGAAUCUCGCUGAUGCUGGUCUUCCAUUUCUCCAUUUUGAAACGCUGAAGUUCCUGAAUGACAUUGCUCAAGAUCCCAACAAAGGUGCUGAUCCGCAAUCUCUAUGGUCGAGCAUUGGUCGCUACACAUAUAGCACAUUCUCGUCCCAGAUCUUUGGCCUUGAUGUUCCUGAAGACAACAGUCCUGUCAUUGACUACAUAUUCGAAACAGGCCUAGCUCAGAUUCUCGGUAUGCUCCCUGGCUACUAUUUAGUUGACACUUUCAACAUUCUCGAUAAGCUGCCACUAUUUCUUAAACCCUGGGAGAGGGACGCAAAGGCUAGACAUAAGCGUGACUAUGAGUGGUGCUGUGAUAAGCUCAAGAGGGUAAAGUCACAGAUUGAUGCCGGAGAGGCUCCGCCUCAUAUGACUUUUAUCCGAAGGGUCAUCGAAGACCCAAAUCAUCUGGGACUUGACAGCCUCGAGGAUGCCUCAUACUUGGGCAUGAUGUUAAUCAUCGGGGCCUCAGAUACAAGCCGGAUAUCGACUUGGUCGUUCCUUGAGGCCAUGUUAACGUUUCCCGAUGUCUGCAACAAAGCGAGAAAAGUAAUUGAUUCGGCGGUUGGAGAUAGAGUUCCUGUAUUCGAGGAUCUGGAGAGUGUGCCAUAUAUCCGUCAGGUCAUGAAGGAAUCAUGGAGAUGGCGCCCACCUGUUGCUCUGGGCCACCCCCAUACCACCACUCGGGAUAUAAUCUAUAAGGACUACCGCAUACCAAAGGGAGCGAGGAUACAUUUGAAUGCUUGGGCAAUCCAUCGGGAUCCUAAACGCUAUCCAGAUCCCGACAAUUUCAUACCUGAGCGUUUCGAGGGUGAUACAAGACCGAGCCAGGAAAGCGCUGCAUCUCCUGACGUUUCCAAAAGAGACCACUUCGUCUUUGGAGCUGGACGUCGUAUCUGCCCUGGUUACCAUAUCGCGGAUAGAAGCUUUGCUGUCAGUGUUAUGCGAAUCCUUUGGGCUUUCGACAUUGGUUUGAAGCCGGGGACAAAACUUCCCCUUGACCCCCAAAGCUUUCCAGGCGAUAUGCCAGGUAAUCCCGGACUACAAUUACCUGUCGUAUUAACCGUCAGGAAUCCCGAGAGACUGGCAACCAUACUAAAGGAGUUUGAGGCAGCUGUUCAGAGCCGGGAAAGGAUGGAACCGUUGGCUGGAUAA